ACGUAACGGUGCGUGUUGGUGCUCCUCCGAGCGCGCGGGGCGAUUCUUCCUCUUAAAGCUUCUUUCCCUCGCUCGCUCGCUCCCUGACUCUCAGAGCUUACAACCUCUACAAACCUGCAGAGAAAAGAGCAGCUAAGGCCGCCAGCGCCGAGUCUUUCUAGUGUGAGAGAGCUUGGAGUGGCAUGGCUGCGGAGGAGAAUGAAUGUCCAAAGUUCCAGUUGUCCCAGCAGGGUUCUGACCAUGUGAGGUCCUGGGAGCUGGAGUCCGUCCUGGCAGGCCGCAAGCUUAGCUUCGUAGCCAGGCUGGAUGACCAGUACGUGUGUCCGGCCUGUGGUGGUGUCAUCCUUAAUCCACACCAGACAGGCUGCGGCCAUAUCUUCUGUGCCAAGUGCAUCAGAAUAUUCAUUGAGAAUGGUGACACUUCAAAAUGCCCCUUUGAUGACAUUUUGAUCAAACCAGAGGAGGUUUUUCAAGACAACUGCUGUAAAAGAGAAGUACUAAAUCUCGAGGUUUACUGUACCAACUCUCCGGCCUGCACACAAAAGGUGACACUGUGUAAUUUGCAGGACCACCUAAAGGCCUGUCAGUAUGAAGCCCUGCAGUGUUCCAACCCAGGCUGCACUGACAUCCUGUUACGCAAAAACUUGACAGAUCAUCAAAGAAGCCUGUGCCCUUUUCGCACAGAAUUCUGUCGCUAUUGCAAGAAACCUUACCCUGUUACCCAGCUGCCGGACCAUGAAAAGACCUCAUGCCCAGAGGCUGAAGUUCAGUGUCCCAAUAAAUGCUCUCAUAUGGUUAAAAGGCAUAAGCUCAAAGACCAUGCAGAUGAGUGUCCAGAGGUGGAAACAGACUGCAUUUAUAAGAAGUAUGGCUGCACAGUCAGAGAUAAAAGAGGCCAAGUGAAAGUCCAUGAGUACACAGAAUUCAGUCACCAUGUGCUCCUUGUAUUGGACAGCAAUAGCAAGCUAAUGGAACAGGUGGAUCAGCUACAGCAGGACUUGGCUGUCCAACAGGGGGAGCUGAAGGAGAGGAACCUGCUGGUCAGCAGCCUUAACAGAGAGGUCUCCAAGUGUGAUAGCACCCUUUCUGCCAUACAGAGGUCAGUGGAGGAGCAGAGAGAGCAUGUGUCCAGUGUGAAGCGCGAGCUGCAGGACCUGCGGGGCGUUUUGGAGGCGGAGUUGGCUAAAGAGGAGCUGGCUGCUCUCCGUGCUUCACUGGACUCCCUCAGACAGCAGGUGGCAAUGACACAGAGCCUCAGAGAACAUCUGGGUGCCUUAGGGCAGACUUGUCAGCGUCACACUCGUCUGCUGGACAUCCAUGUGGAGCAGCUGCAGUGCAAUGAGCAGCGUUUUCGCCAGCUGGAGUCCACUUCAUACGAUGGAAAGCUCAUCUGGAAAGUGCAUGACUAUCACCGCAAGAAAGAAGCUGGCACACCCCUCAACUCCCCACCCUUCUACACCAGCCGCAGUGGAUACAAGCUGAGUGCACGCGUGUAUCCUGGUGGGGAGGGCGCUGCCCGGGGCACUCACCUGUCCCUGUAUGUGAUGCUGAUGAGGGGAGACUUCGACUCACUGCUGCCGUGGCCCUUUCGCCAAAAUGUCACUUUGACCGUGCUGGACCAGAGUGGCUCCCGUAACCACAUCAACUGCAGCUUCACACCAGACACUGCCAGUGAGAGCUUCCGCCGUCCCACAUCUGAAAAUAACUCAGCUUUAGGCUUUCCCCGCUUCAUCUCCCAUGGUGAGCUGGAGGCUCCCCGGAAUGCGGUUUAUAUAAGAGACGACACACUGUUUAUCAAAGUCAAGGUGGACACAACAGGGUUGGAGGAUUUGUAGUGUGUUCUGGGUGGAAUGUUCAAAGGCCUUUGGAAAAUUGGAGUUUAUAGAGAGUAGGUCAGUCACAAACCUAAGUUAUUUUUAUACAUAAUUUACCAAUUGACCAUUUGUGACAAGUCCCACCUUUCUUAGUUAUUGUAGCUAUGUCUGUCAGACUUUCAGCUCAGGUUUUCUGGUAGCAUCCCUAACAGACCUACAAGUUCAGCAGCACAAAGGCAAGUUUUGAAGCACACAGAGGAGUACAUUUGAAAACGUUUUCAUUCAAAAAUAAAGUAUCUUAAAAAAUUAGCAGACAUACAUAUUUGAGAACUGACAAAAUAGCAUGUAGGCCAAUUUAAAGUAAACAAAAAGGAUUCUGGAAACCCAGUUUACACUCAUCAAAUCAGGGAAAUUGAUUAGUCACUCAAAGUUAAAGCAGGUUUUAAUGUUUAAUAAGCAGGUUUUAGUAAUGGAAGCUACCCCUACAGAUGAGCUAACACCAAAUCUAAUGCUGGAGGUAGUCAUAACAAGAAUAGAUGCUAAGGAGCUAGUUGGUGCUGAAGGGGGCUCAUUGUUUGUUGCUAGUUUUGACAAUGAGCUGUGAGUGUGGUCUUCCACAUAGUUUAGGCUAAGAAGCAUGUCUUUCAUUAUUUUGCAGAUGGUCAAUUGUGAGGAUCCAGAUGAGCAAUGUUUACUAGUUGGGACACUGUAGCAAAAAGUGUAUUAAUUGAGUCUUUGUAUUUUUAUUUUAUUCAUGGUAAAAUUUUAUAAGUGCUUUUCCUAAUAAAGAGCUGGUGCAUCUUCUACAGUGUG